AUGGCCAACCUCGGCACUCCGGUACGACUGUUGCACGAAGCGCUCGGUCAUGUCGUAACUGUCGAAGGGAAGAACGGUGUUGUCUACCGCGGCAAGCUCUUCGAAGCCGAGGACUCGAUGUCCGUCUCCUUGACCAACUGCACCGUCACGCACCGCGAUGGCCGUGUCACCCAGCUCGACCAGGUCUACAUCCGAGGAGCCGCCAUCAGGUUCUACGUCGUUCCCGAUAUGCUCUCGCAGGCGCCCAUGUUCAAGCGCGGCAUCGCUUCGGGCGGCAUGAAGGGUCGCGGUAUCGGCACAGCGCGUGGUCGUGCGACCAUUAUGCGUGCCCAGUCGAGGAGGGGCCGCGGUGGCGCUGGACGGCCGCCCAUCCGUCGCUAA